UUUACAGAAGCGCUUCAAGAUGUGCAAAGCUACCAUUCUUUUGAUUGUCGGAAUUUUUGCCGCAGUUCAAGCUGUGCCCUAUACAUAUGAUACUGAGUACACUUGGGUGACUGGAAAUCUGUCGGUUGCUGUGCCCGCAAAUGCCGUGAUCGGAGGAUUCGAUCCCUAUGGCUACUACUCUUAUGUAGGACGUGUUGCCUAUAGUAGCAACAUCUUGCCCGCCCGCGUGGUUGCCGAGACAGGUCUUGCUCACUUCAAUACGGCAACCAUAAGCCACAAGUUGGUCAAUUAUCACCUGUUGGUUACCCAGUCGAAUGUCACCUACGAGUGGAUACGCAGCUUCGAUGGAUAUCAGGAAAAGAACGCCAUUUCUGUGGGCACAACAGGCUGGAAUGAACGUGUUUUCAUCUGUCGCGCUAAGGCUGAUGGAGGUUUGCUCAUCGGAACUCUGUUUCGAUCCAAGCAAGCUUGCAUCAUCAAGAGUGGCGAUUUGCCGCUGCGUCAGUUUGAUAAGUACGAAACUCUUGUUGCCAGAAACAAUUCCUGCUAACUUAACAUAUAAUAUUUGAAAAUGUUCAAAAGCAAUUGUGAUUAAAGUGGUCUACACCAUUCUAGACAAAAUCGGAAUACUAUAAAAAAAAUGUGAUAAGAUUUUAAAA